CAGAAUCGGACCUGAACGGCAUGCCGGUGCACCGCGAGCAGACCUAUUUGCAGACCAUCGACACRCCGCAAGUACACUCGCCGCCCAUGACCAAUCAGAACCAGGCGUGCUCCAUCUGCGGCGACCGGGCGACUGGCAAACACUACGGGGCGGCGUCCUGUGACGGCUGCAAAGGAUUCUUCCGGAGGUCCGUCCGCAAGAGCCAUUUCUACUCGUGCAGAUUUUCGAGAAACUGCAUCGUCAACAAGGACAAGCGCAACCAGUGCCGAUACUGUCGUUUGCGGAAAUGCUUCAAAGCCGGGAUGCGAAAAGAAGCCGUGCAGAACGAACGCGACCGAAUCAACUGCAGACGACCCAGUUACGAAGAGCAACCUUGCGCCAGCGGUUUGUCCGUCACAUCCCUGUUGAACGCCGAAAUUUUGUCCCGCAGCGAAUCAGAUGCAA